AUGGAUGCUUGCAUCUCGCUGCCACCCCAAUCUGCAGAUAAUCAGGCCAUGAUGAACGACCGCGAACGCAAGAAAGCACUGGAGCGGCCCGAUGUGAUUGAAUUAGCCGCCGAAGCGAAUUGCCAUCGACCUGUUUGUGGCCUCAUCUUGUCUUCUUUUCUCUGCCGCUCACCAUGCAAAAUCGCGACCGCAUCUGCAUCUGCACUUAUCGGCACGGCACCGCCCGCACACUUGUCCGGAGGUUUAGGACCAGGGAUUGAUCGAUUUCGACGCGAUCUCGUUCCAUUUUCGUUCCUGGACCACCGCCCUCUUUCCGAGCCUCGAGGCAACUCUGCAAUGCGCUUGCAUUCCCGCGUGCAUGCUCUCGUAAACGAUCGAUGGCGAACUCCCGAGGAUUGCCAACACUGGUUGAACGUUGGGCACGCCACAAUCGAAGAAAGCCGACCGUCCAUCAUAUGCUUUUUGCCCCCCAUCUACCCAUCUGAGAUCGUUCCCUGCUCCGAGGAGAGCCACUUGGUGUCUCUGACCGUUGACGAGCAGGCAUUCAUGCAGGUCGGACUGGUCCACAUCUGCCAAAGACUCUAUGCAAACUGCCCGAGUUGUCCUAUAAAUCGUUCUCCAUUGGUGCUCGGCAAGACAAUUGCUUUGUUAGUGCAACGCGGCCAUGAUUACAUACUGCUAUACAGUCUGUUCCAGCUGCAAACUAAAUGGUGGCCUUCAUCUGUGAAGCCUGGCUACCAUACCCCGAAAGUUGGGACUUCGUCUGCUUCCAUGUCGAACAAUUUCCCCCGUCAUGAGUUGUACUCUCGUUGUGGUACUUGCCCUGUUGAAGAUGCAACGGUAGCGGUCAACCAUUUCAAGGUGCUGGUAGUUCUCAUAGCCACCGGUGACGUGUUCUUUGGAGGGUGUUUUGAUGGGCGGUCCCCCGUCAAAACGUAUUGCAGCGUCCUUAUCAUAAGAAUGAGCCGGUCUUUCGUGGCAGAUGAUUAUCCGCGUAAUGACAGAACCGGAGCCAUACGAACAGGUAUUGAAAUGAGAGCACCAGAAAAGAAGCUCUACCUCAAUCAUUUGACAAGUGGGGCCAUCGUGAAGCGGCUGUCCACGGUAUUCAACCCACCUGCCAAUUUCCAGCGCAUGAACCAUCACGACGCGAACGCGCUGGACGAGCCAAGCCAAAGUCGCAUCCCACCAUCCAGAUGUCGAUCUAAGGCUCGAUAUGACUCUACGCUCGUCGAGGCGCAAAAUUCCUCCAGUCACGAGCUUGUCACGCACACAAUUUUUUCGACCGUACCUGAACUGAAGCGCUUUACAACCUUCAAGUCAACCAUCUUCUAA